AUGGUUAUGAAUGAUGGAUUACUACGGGUAUUCUGGCCAUAUGAAUUUGCCAGGUCUACCGCUCCCGGUGUGAUUGUGGGCUGGAGAAAUUCCGAAUUUGACCUUUUCGUCGUCUCGGUGCUAGAACAUGUCGAGCCCCGGAAUGUCGAUAACGCUUUACGGGCGGGGAUAUUAUAUCGUACCAGCCCCCAUCCGAUCUCUCGACUCUUCAGCCUCUGCGGAAGACCCGCGCUGCAUGUCCUCGGUUCUACGAAUGCAGCAGAAGUUCCAACGGCUUUCACUCCGUCACAUAUCCAUGCGACGACAAAUCACCCUUCGAAGGUUCCUCGGAUAUAUUGCCCACCGGAGACGAAGCUCUCUAUACAAGUUAUACUGUUUCGGCGGCCACAUCCGACCCGCAUGCAAUACAUGUCUCCCUACCCGAUGUGCCUCGUGCUAAGCGAUAAACGUACCAGCGUGGACACAGCCAGUGGGGAGCUAGGGGACGUUGAUGCAGCAGAGGAAGCAUCAAAAGCGCAAUCAGCAAAACUCGUCAACAAACUGAAAUUACACACGGUGGUUAAGCACCUGCCCACCCCCAAGGAGCAUUCCCUUUCAGCGAUUGUCAAUCAAAUCAACUGUGCAUUUGAAGUAGACCGACUCCUUCAGAGCAAUAUUGGAUUGAUUGGAACUCGUCCAAAGCGCAGCCUAAGUGUCAGUGAACGGGUGGUGGAAUCAGCUACGACAGCUUGGGACCUCGCCGUCUUGGGGAUAUCUUACGCUUUUACCGUCUGGAUUUAUCCGAUCAUCAAGCAAGGCCUCAUUACAGCAAUCAUUGUUCAUCGGGUUAUAGCUGAGGUUGUUUUGACUGUUUUGGAAUGGCGUGCUCGCCCAGACGCGGCAGCUUUAAAAGAUAUUUCCGCUACUGCGCAGCAAAUAGACAUUCGACUUCAACAGUUCUGCUACUGGCCAAUACAAUAUCUGACUUUGCGCAAACGAAAGAAUGACUGGGAGAGUGUUACUCACAGUCAUCCGGAUUACAUCCGAUUCUACAAUAGCCUCUGGCUUGUUGCAAAUGAUGUGAUCAUCGGGAUUGCACUUGGCUCGUAUCUCAUUGAUAAUGCUGACUGGGUUGCGUCUCAAAUGAAUGCGAUCCUCAAUGGCUCAACAGUAGAGGGCUUGCAGCAGACAAUCUCCUGGUUGAUGGAUUGGCCAGCAGGUCUAAAACUCAAUAAUGAACUAGCCGCGUUCUUAGGAGACUUGUUUCUAUGGGUUAUAGAAUAUUGGGCUAGCGCACUGGCUGGUUUACGCCCCUUCUACCGCCAUGUCAUCUAUAUGAUCGGUUGCUCUGGAUUUGCUGGAGCUAGCAUGGCGCUAGCAAUGUUCUCUGACCUCCUCUCGCUUUUCACCAUCCACAUCUACUCUUUUUACACGGCUUCUGCGCGCAUAUUUCACUGGCAACUAACAAUUAUAAUAUCCCUCUUUCAUCUUUUUCGAGGUCGAAAACGAAACGUGCUACGAAACCGAAUAGACUCCUGCGAUUACGAAUUAGACCAAUUGCUCCUUGGAACAAUCCUGUUCACGCUCUUGUUUUUCUUGCUCCCUACUAUACUUGUAUUCUAUAUCACUUUUGCCUCCGCCCGUAUGGCCAUAAUAUCGCUUAAGGCUACGCUGGACACGUGCCUUGCUGUUUUAAACCAUUUCCCUUUAUUCGCCCUCAUGCUACGCUUGAAGGACUCGCGGCGCUUGCCUGGGGGAAUCAAAUUCGAACUCCACAAACACGCCCCAUUGCCUUCAGACGACGAUUUCCGCUGUGCUCCUACCUCCUACAUCAACCUUCAGCUAUGGCAUUCGACGCCAUUCUUGGAUGUGCUUCCAAGCAGCGGUGCGGUCGGCCCCGAAUAUAUUGGUAAAGAAUAG